AUGAAUAUAAAAGUAAUUUCAAUAUUUGUGGCGGUUUUUCUAUUAGCGCUACAGAAUGUAGGAGCACUGACAACUGCUGAUCGCAUAAAAGAUGCCGGCUACCACAGUGAGGCGUAUAAUGUAACCACUCCCGAUGGUUUUGGUAUAACCGUGUUUCGUAUUAGAAAACCAAGUGCCCCAAAUGAUGCCAACCGACCUGUGGCCCUAUUACAGCAUGGCUUAGUUAGCUCCUCAGAUAUUUGGGUGUUGAAAGGGGUACCAAGUCCGUUAGCCUAUACAUUAGUUGAAAAUGGUUAUGAUGUAUGGUUGGGUAAUACCCGUGGCAAUCCUUAUGGAGGUUAUCAUCCACAAUUAUCUAUGGAUUCUGCGGAAUAUUGGCGUUUCACGUGGCAUCAAAUUGGUGUUCUAGAUCUGCCCAGUAUUAUUGACUUUGUAUUGAAAACGACAAAACAAAAUAACCUUCAUUAUGUGGGACAUUCUCAGGGUACUACAACAAUGUUUGUAUUACUUUCCAGCCGCCCUGAAUAUAAUGCGAAAUUGAGAUCAGUACAUCUAUUGGCUCCGGUGACAUUUAUGGAACAUAGCACUUCGACGUUAAUAAAACUCACCGCCCCACUGCUGGGCAGUUAUUCUUUUUUGACACCAUUGGUUGGUGACAACGCCCUUAUUGAUAAUGUUUUCAUCCGCAACAUUUUGGGAAUGGAAAGUUGUCGCCGGACGGAAGGUGCACUCUUCAUUUGUCCCUAUUUAUUCUUUUUGGGUUUUGGUGGCAAAUCCGACUACACGUUGGAAGAUGUCUAUCCCGAUUUUUAUGAAACUCAUCCGGCCCGUUGUUCCACCAAUCAAGCCAUACAUUAUGUGCAGCUUUAUAAAUCGCGUAAAUUCCGUCAAUUUGAUUUCGGCACUAAAGGCAAUCAGGAACAUUAUAAGCAGGAUACCCCACCAGAUUACCAAUUGGCCAAUGUAAAUCCACAAUUUCCACUGCAUUACUAUCACAGUAAGGAUGAUAGUUUUUCAGCUGUUGAAGACGUCGAGCAUUUGGUACAACUUUUGGGUAAUAAAACUGUUCGCCAUUUUAUUGAUUUGGAUAAUUUCGCUCAUAUGGAUUUUGUCCUGGGCUAUAAUGUUAAGGAUGUCGUUAAUGCUGAUGUUUUGAGUGAAAUGAAGCGGGUCGAUAGUCUAUUGCAGUAG